UCGGCUUGCCACAACGUACUUGUGGUUAGCUUUCGGUUUAAACCGCAAUUCAUUCGGACUUUUUAGUAGAGAAGUGUUUUUCUGUUUAUUUUUUUUUCAUACAAAAUAUAGAGGCAAAUACUCAUGUAUAAGUUUUCUUAUACUCGUUUAUAUACGCACAUACAUAAGUACAUAUGUUUAUGAAUUAUAAAAAGUUUAAUAGCUUUCGCGUGUGAGUAAAGUGUUUCUGUUAUUUAAAUAUAAUAUAUAUUUUGUUUGGAUCCAUUUGGCCUAAAAAGCUCUCAAAGUGUUUUGUGAUCGGUUUAUUAAAACAUAYGGGUGGAAAUAUAUGUUAUUCAUGGUCUCAUACAAUAAUACAUAAAGUAAAUUUUCGCAACAAGACAAGCAAGAAUUCUUAAAGAUUUUUCGACAAAUGCAAAAUGUUUGCGGAUAUAUAUAUUUUAUUCUUAUCGCUCUUACUGGCUUCCGCAAUUUCGGGAACAAUAUCUCAAUGUCCUUGGCAAAGAGAUAUCUUGGAACUACAGACAUCUUGCAUAUGCGCAUAUAAUUUAGGACGAGAGCUUUCUGUUCAAUGUGAUCAGGUGAACUUCUUUUUACUUAUGGACGCUUUAAGUAUAUAUGCCACACAAAAACCGAUAGAUCUACUUUAUAUCAACAAUUCAACAAUCAAUGAAUUGCCAAACAACAUCUUCCAAAAUCUUAGUGUGCAUAAUGUACAAUUGUCCAGUUGCCAAAUAAGAAAAAUUCAAAACGGUGCUUUUAAUGGCCAAGAAACAAUGCUGAAAAAUCUCAAUUUACAAGACAAUUUGUUGACAGAAGUACCGACUAAAGCCAUAAAUUCUCUAAACAAACUAAACUUGAUUGAUCUUUCAAAAAAUCGUAUAACAUUUGUAUCCAACAGCUCAUUCUCAAGUCUAAAAAAAUUAUCGACCCUGAAGUUAAAUGAUAAUAACGUUACAUUAGAUGUUGCAGCCUUUAGUGGACUGGACGAAAGUCUUAAAAAUCUUAAUCUGAAAGGCACAAAACAACGUCAUAUACCCGAAAGUAUACGUGGACUUAAAAGUCUGGCAUUCCUUGAUUUAUCAUUGAAUGGUAUUAAGGAAUUACCUGGUGCUGGAGGUAUACGUACGUUCGAGGGACUCGAUUCAUUAACUGCUUUGAAUUUAGAACGUAAUUUUAUACAAAGUUUGGGAGAGACAUCAUUUGCUGGCAUUCGCAAAACACUGAGUUCCCUCAGCUUAUUAAAUAAUUUACUAUCCGAAUUCCCCAUUGGAGCUAUACAUGCAUUAAAGGAGUUACGAGUUUUAGACAUAGGUUUUAAUUUGCUAACCUCAUUACCUGAAGGCGCUUUCCGUGGCAACCCCGGCAUUACAUUACUGGCCUUAGAUGGAAAUCCAUUAAACACAGUACCUCAAAUAGCGUUCGCACAUUUAAAUUCAACACUUCGUGGCCUAUCACUAGGUGGCCGAUUUCUACACUGUGAUUGUAAAUUACGUUGGGUUGCUGAAUGGAUCCGCAAUGGCGACUUGCAAGUAACAUCACGCGAGCGUAACCCUCAAUUUUGCGGUUCGCCAACAAAUUUUCGAGAUAGAGGAUUUUACUCUAUACAACCGGAAGAAUUAAUCUGCUCUGACGUGCAGAAUAUAUCAAGUAUCCUUGAAGAUAUAAAAACAGAAACAUCACUAAUAACGCAAACCAACACUACAUCGCAAACAUCUACCAUUACRUCAAAUGACAAAAUUUACCAUCCAGAGUUAUUUGCAAUAAAUACAUCUACUACUACGAGCAGUUUACAAGCUUCUACAAAGACAACUACACCACGGCCCACAAUAGAUUCACCAACUAAACCAAGUUCCACAAUGCAGCCGGUGGUGGUAUCCUCUACAUUAUCAACUAAUCCGACAAUCUCUAAUGGUGGAAACGCUACUUUAACAACAAAGCCUUCUUUAUCUAACAUAGGUAUCAAAGCAGUAGCAACUAAUGCGACAAAUAACAGUGCCAGUAAUUCGCUCAAUAACAACAAGCAAUCGGGCACAUGGCGACUGAAUAGCUCAACAACAUCGUCAGUGGUAACACACAGCAAAACGCAAAAGCAGCAGCGUCCACCACUGAUACUAAGUUUUCCUCCACAAAGAGACACACGGUUCGACGACACUAAUGAAGUACAAGUAAAGAACGCCUUUCGACAAGAAAACUCUGUCAUCAUUCAAUGGGAUUCAGAUACAGCUAAUAUACUUGGCUUCCGUGUGGUAUACCGCCUGUUCGGCGAAAAGACAUUCAAGCAAGGACCACCGCUAGAAGCAAGUGAGCGCGAGUUUAAAAUAAAGAAUGUUCCAGCUCAAGAAUGCAUUAUUGUUUGUGUAAUUUCAUUGGAGGAAUUGCAUGUGACUCCCGAAACGGUGCCUUAUCAGCAAUGCCGUGAAGUACGUACAGUCGCUUCACAAACUUCUAACAUGGACAAAAUAACAAUUGCAGCAAGUGCGGCAAUAUGUGGUACAAUUAUUGUAGCAGUAAUUGUAUUUAUAGCCGCAAGUAGACGCUCGCGUAAACUCCAGAACACGCAACAGAAGAACCCUUUACCAAUUGGGGGAUUGCCAGUAGCCUGUUGCGGACCAGCAGGAUCCCCUGGGCCACUGGGCUCCAUCGCCACUUUAUCGGCAUUUAAUAACCAUAAGGAAUGGGAUCAAAUGUCUGCAUAUAGCGGUCGCUCUAUUCCACGACCACGAAUAUAUUCCGUAGAUAAUCAAGAGGAUGUGCGAAGUCAUUUUUCUGCUAUGCCUGGGAAAGUUGGUAAAGCGAGAUCAAUAGCUGAUGGUCAAUCCCAAAACAGUUUCUCAAAUAAUUCACAUCGCGGCUAUUUAGGCGCAGCUUUUCCAACUAAUUUGAUUAACUCUCGACCAGAACUUCGACAAUCCAGGCAGUCUUUAGCAGCCGCUUCGGAACGUUUAUCGCGUGCUUCAUAUGCUGGUUCCAUGCAUGGUCCAACCAGCAUAACUUCAAGUACCAGGCGUUCACGUCCACGCUCGAGAUCACGCGAGCAACUCAAUUCAACACAUAUACAUAACCAUAGACCUGGUAGCCGAUAUUCUCAAGCUGGUUCAACGCACACGAUAAACAACUAUUGUGAAACAUCCGACAAUUGGACAGACCAUGAUAUGGAUAUUUACAUGGCAAGGAACCCAACAACUCGCAAUGGUCUAGUGCCAUUAUGAGGGCAGGUUUUAUUCUCCUGAUAUUUCUAUGAUGUAUUAACUAAAAACGAGAUUAUCUGCUAAAACGUUACAAAUUUGCCUAAUGUUGUAAUGAAAUGGCGUAAUUUUUACAGCCAUCAAUCGAAAUGACAUUACGAACAUUAUAUACGGCCAUAUCGAAACGAUAUCGGAAAUAACUAGUAAUAAGAAUAUUUUAAAGCUGUGAGCACAUGAUGAUUAUCUUCCUUUUAUUUUCGAAAUCAUACACACACUGACCGCAAUGAAAUGUUCCCUCGUAUAAGGUAUUCGUAAUAGCGCUUAAUUACACUUCUAUGGAGAACAACAAAAUUUCUUUUUUGUAAUGAAAGAAUUUUGUACAAAGUAAAAUGUAUUUUUAAUACAAUUACUAGGCGGUAAUAUAUUUAAUUUAUAUAAUACAGUCAACAUCAGAAAAAAGUGUACAAUACUUGUUUACUACAUUUUAUUUCAGCCUUAUACAGGUAUGUAUCAGAGAUCUGCAUGCGGUGGCCGUAAUUAUUGUACACUUAGUAAAUACUUCUGCGACUGAACACUGCAUUGACUGAUACGUGUGAUGCUAAAGAGAAAGAAGUGGAUGAAGGAACACCAGCGCAAAGCGAGGAGUGUGCAUAACAUAUUGACUUCGGCAAAGAAGUGUUUCAAGUGUUACGCACGAAACAAGCAGACACUUCGUUUGACUUGUUGCCGAAGUCAUCAGGCACAGCGUUUAGCUUAUUGCCGAAGGCAUUACACUUUAUUUGACUGUUUUUUACUGUAACAACAAUUCAACGACACUUGACUGGUACGCUUAUUUCAUAAUUUCAGUUAUUCUGUUGCGCUCGGUGUGUUUAMACGGAAUUGAAAACUUGGCAGUUUUGUUUAAUAUAACUUUGUACCAGAGUACAAGGGAUGGUAUACUGCCGCAAAGUUCUUAAAUAUAAUAAAAAUUACACAUCCAACCUGAAUCGGCAUCCUUGUUGUCAAGACAUCAAACAUGCAAAAGUUUUAAAAACUAUAACAGAAGAAGACAACAACAACGUCGUUAUUUCACUCUUAAUUGUUUCCGUUAUUUCAUCUGCUGACUUUUAUACCUUUCGCGAAACUGUUGUUGGAUCUGGCAGCAAGUCUUUUAUGUCUACAUUUUCCCCAUAGGUUGCACCUAUCUUUAUAAAAAACUUGACUAACUUUGCGAAGCCUGAGCAACUGAUACCAUAAAAUGGCCUACAAUCUUCAGUAACCCAUCCUGCGCAUGCAUCAAUGCUUUUUUUUUUUUUUUUUGUCUUCUUCUGUUGCAGUUUUUAAAAUCGCUGCAUGUUUGAUGGCUUGGCAACAAGGAUGCCGAUUCAGGUUGGAUGUGUAAUUUUUAUUACAUUUAAGAACUUUGCGGCAGUAUACCAUCCCUUCUACUCUGGUACCAUCUACUUUCAAAACCUCUGACAAUAUAUUUCAAAUGAAACUUCUUCCCUUGUGUUGCAGUGGUAAGGUGUAAACACCAUUCGCAAUUUGUUCAGUGAUAAAAGCUUGUGUAUCGGACAUUAUAUAAAAUCUAUAGAAAAACACAUAUCCAUACAUAAAAUAACUCAUUUAUACAUACAAUGUACAGUACAGAAUAACAUCAUUAUAUUACUUACUGCUUAUUAAAUUACAAAGUUAUAUUAAAUAAAACUGCCAAGUUUUCAAUUCCGUGUAAACAAACCGAGCGCAACAGAAUAACUAAAAUUAUGAAAUAAGCGUGCCAGUCAAGUGUCGUUGAAUUGUUGUUACAGUAAAAAACAGUCAAAUAAAGUGUCAUGCCUUCGGCAAUAAGCUAAACGCAGUGUCUUAUGCCUUCGGCAACAAGUCAAACAAAGUGUCUGCUUGUCUCGCGCGUAACACUUGAAACACUUUUUUGCCGAAGUCAAUAUAUAUAUGCAGGCUUAAACUGAUCGUCACAUGCGGUGGUGGUGUGCGCUUGCACUGCAUGCUUUGCGCUGGCGUUCAGUCAUCCACUUCUUUUAAUGUAAGUAGGCUUAAA